AUGAGUCACGCGCUGGAGGUACACCUGGGUCUGCCGCGGCGGCGACGGAGGAGGGGGCCCCGGAGUCCACCGCCAAUACCUGCCGUGCAACGGCUGGGCGCGCGGACGAGCCCGCCAGUGCAGCCGCCGAUGUCGCUAACCGCAGCGCCACCGCCGAAGCCGCAGCCUCCGGGACGGCGUCGGCCGGCGACGUCGCGUCUAUGGAGGAGGGAUCCAUACCGCAGCCAGUCGUACUGCAACCUUGCCCCCAUCCCGAUUCAGAGGGUGACUGCGGUGCGCCACCGCCGCCGCCAGCCAACCGUAUUGCCGCCGCCGCAACCGCCGCAACCACCCCCACCCCAACUACCGCCUCAACUGCCACGGACGCCACUGCCACGCCCAAGCGGCGUGCCACGUGUGACGGUGUGGUGCUCUGCCGCUGGCCUGGCAGCUCCGGGUGGCACUGGCGGAGACGGAGAUGAAGGCGUUCCGUUGGGGAGUAACGCCGCAGACAGGCCGGCGGCGGCGGGGGAGGACGCUGAGGAGGACGAGGAGGAGUACGACGAUGCGUUAGAGCUGGGUUUGGAUUCUGAUCUCUCGGACCUUCGUCUGGAUCUGGAAUUCGGCUUGGGCCUGAUUGACGCUCGUGAUUCCUUCGCCUCCGCCGGCGGUGCCGUCCCUGGAGUGGUGGAGGAUGCGGAGGCGGCGGCAGCGGCAGCGGAGGCGGAGGAGGCGGAAGCGAAGAGCACGGAAGGCGGCGACGGCAUGGAGUGGUUACCUGUACGGAAGCCCAGCAGCGCUGGUCGCGGAGGCGGGGGCGGCGCCGCUGCCGCCGCAACGGCGGCGGCGGCAGCAGCGGCUAACGAAGCUGAACAGCGGGGUGUGGAUGCCUUACUUGCUUGCCUGAGCGUGUCUGCAGGUGGUCGCCCCGCAGUCCUCGCUGAGGCCAUGGUUGACAUGCACGGCGGCCUCCACGACCUCCCCCGACAGCUCCAUGACCUGCAGGAACAGCGGAAGGAGGCCCAGGCCACACCCCUCAAGCGCCGCCAGUACGACUUCUGUUACUAUGCCAAUCUGCUACUGGUGCUACAGCUCUGGAUACUGCCAAGAUGUGCUACGCUGGCUAAGGUGGUCACGUUCUCCUACAACACGGGCCCACUGGCCUGGUCCAUCCUCACCUUCAGGAACUCCCUUGUGUUUCAUGACUUGGACAAGGUGACCAGUUUGUUCCUGCAUCUGGUGCCUGCCCUGGUGUCCUGGUCGCUAAGGUGGCAUGGCGACCCGGGCCGCUUCGGGCCCCCGGGGGAAGCAACUCCGGAAGAAAGAGCCCGGUGGCAUUCUGCGGGUUUCGGUCCCAACGUGCUGCUGCCCAUGGUGUUCUACGUGGCCUGGGCCCUGGCCUACUACCUGAAGAUAUUCGUGUUCUCUAGGGCCAAGAUCCAGCAACGCGGAUAUCGCACGCUCUUCAAUUACGUGACCACCCAGAAAAAGCCGCCCGUGUACCUGUUCCUGCACCUGUGCUUCUGCGCCACCACGUUCGCCGUGGCGAUGCUGUGCUGGCACAGCUUUUGGGCUCACACAGCAUUGCUGGCGGCGGUUGCUAGUGCAUCCAUUUGGCACGGCGGCAGCUACUAUUUCGAGGUCUUUGCCCGCCGGUACCAUGAGCAGUUGCUGCCAUCAGCAUCGCCUCGGAAGGAAGCUUAG